AUGUGGAUGCUGGUACCUGUGUCAUUUACUCUCAAGCUGCUGAGCGCCUUCCUGCAGCCCCUGGGCUCCCUGUGGAGCAGCCUGCGGGCCCUGUUGCCCCGGCUCAGGGCAGCAUUCUGGCUGGCAGGGGGCAAGAAGAGCCAGCAGCAGCGGGGCAGGAGAAAACCGAGGGAGACCAGCAGGGAAGACGAAGAGGACCGCGAUCUGCCCAUCACCCCCACCAGCGUUAACUAUCACUUCACCCGCCAGUGCAAUUACAAGUGUGGCUUCUGCUUCCACACGGCCAAAACGUCCUUCGUGCUGCCGCUGGCGGAGGCCAAGAGAGGCUUGCUGCUGCUGAAGGAAGCGGGUAUGGAAAAGAUCAACUUCUCCGGCGGAGAGCCAUUCAUCCAUGACCGGGGCGAAUACCUUGGCCAGCUGGUGAAGUUCUGCAAACGGGAGCUGCAACUGCCCAGCGUGAGCGUAGUAAGCAACGGGAGCCUGAUCCGGGAGAGGUGGUUCCAGAACUACGGGGAAUAUUUGGACAUCCUCGCCAUCUCCUGCGACAGCUUCGACGAGCAGGUCAAUGUCCUUAUUGGCCGUGGUCAAGGAAACAAGAACCACGUGGAAAAUCUCCAAAAACUGAGGACGUGGUGCAAGAAUUACAGAGUGGCCUUCAAGAUAAAUUCCGUCAUCAAUCGAUUCAACAUGGACGAGGACAUGAAGGAACAGAUUAAAGCCCUGAACCCCAUCCGCUGGAAGGUCUUCCAGUGCCUCAUAAUCGAGGGUGAGAAUUCUGGAGAAGAUGCUCUGAGAGAAGCAGGACCGUUCGUGAUUAGUGAUGAAGAGUUUGAAGCCUUCUUGGACCGCCACAAAGACGUGCCCUGCCUGGUGCCCGAAUCUAAUCAGAAGAUGAGAGAUUCCUACCUUAUUCUGGAUGAAUAUAUGCGCUUCGUGAACUGCAGAAACGGACGGAAGGAUCCUUCCACGUCCAUCCUGGAUGUUGGCGUAGAAGAAGCUAUAAAAUUCAGCGGCUUUGAUGAAAAGAUGUUUCUCAAGCGAGGAGGGAAAUACGUAUGGAGCAAGGCUGACCUGAAGCUGGACUGGUAAAGCUGAAGACUGAACAACCCUCAGCGCAUCUGUGGGGACCGCCCUGGCACUCAGCGCGUGCCUGCCCUGCUUCCCGUGGGCACUGCCAGGGGCCCCAGAUUCGAUUUUCAGUCGCACGUGGGAUCUGAUUGCCUGUGGUAACUGGACAGAUAAAUAACUGGGAAAGUUGAAAUCCUUAGAACAUGCAAGACCAUUAACUUUAGUUAAUUAGCUUAUUAUGGAUUUAAUUUUUGAGCAGUAUUUACUGUGACUCCUAUAUUUCCAUUUUGAAGUUAUUUUUCCAGUCCUUUCAUUUGAUAGUUAUUUUCCCAUCUGGAAAAAUUACAAAUGAUCUCCCCCGAUUAUUUCUGCUUGCGGUGAGGCUCUUUCCUUUUCGGCCUUUAUAUCACUGCAAUCUUGGACUUUUUACCCAGAAGUUUAGAAAUAGUCCAUACAUGUUUCAAAGAAUAAGAAAUGACCAUCUUACCAGGCUUUGAUAAGUACCUAGAAGGAGAUAACUCAUCUCCCCGGGGCUCUGCAUGGCCCUGACCCACGCUGACUAUUCCAGGAAUGUGAGUGAUCUCUGCAGCUCCCCUUUCUCUUCCAAGAUUCUUAACAAAACCAAGGUGUGCUUUAAAUUUAGUGAUGAAGUUUACAUGGGGUCAGGGCUUGGGUUGCUGUGUGAAUCUGCUGAGUUUGUCAAGCAACAACAUAUGAGUUUGUUUGCUUGGUUGUCCCCGUGUCCCUGAAAAGUGACACUUUCCUGGACUGGCAUGAACUCAUCUGCAAAAGCAUCAGGCAAAGGUGGAGCAAAGUGUGUGACGAAGAGUGUAGGAUGCACCAGGAUUUUCUGUAAAUGAAGCUGUGGCACAAUAUAAUAUUUCCCAUUUAACUCUGAAUCACUUGAAAUAAGAAUGUAAUCUAGGUCAAUAUAAGAUCCAGAGCCUUCCUUUGCUAGGCUAAGAAAGAGCUUGAGGGAAAAUGUCACUUGAAUUGGGUCAAGGAACAAAAUCUUCUCCUCUUGGAAAUAACACAUGCAGUUUGUUCAUGCAACCUAGACAGUAUCCCAUUUCCUGGGAAAUAAUAAUUUCCUAUCAUUGUUUUACAAAAGCAAAAUCAUGGACAAUUUUUUGCUCAAGCAAAGAACUCUUGUAAUCCAGCUGCCGUUCCAGUAUUGGCCACUAGGUGGCAUUUAAAUGUUGCCUGAUUCCGUUACGCAGCCAUGAAGAAAUUCCGCUUCAGAAUCUUUUUUCAAGACUUGGUGAUUUUGAAAGUUUGGUUUAUGUGAUUUUUUUUUUUUCUCAGAAAAGAUAUUCCUACUUCAAAUUUUAAAUCACUGUAAUUCAACUGAAAUAUGUUUGUGUGUCUUCUGCGAUAGAAUGGUUGUCAUAUAUUUUCCAUUUUAUUUUAUGUUUUUAAGAAAAAAAAAAAGAAUUAGAAAGUAUUUUUCCUCUAUGGGUCUUGAUAGUAUCUAAGCCAUGACGACCUUAAUAUAAUCAGAUAACCAUAAAACAGGUUUUUUGUUUUUUACUUAACAUGAGUUUACUUUGCUGACCAUUACAUUAUUCCACAAAGGGCAUGUAUGUGAAAGCACAGAAGACAUUGUGGUAUCCAGUAGAUGCUCAAUCAUUAUAAUCUGAAACAAAAUUUGAAUCUGAAGCCCAAAUCCUCUGACUUGAAGUGAAUUUCUCUCGAGCUGAGGGAAACUGAAUUUCUCUUUCCCCAAAGGGAAAUAUAAAACAAAACACUGCACUUGAGAAAACAAACAAACAAACAAAAAUAUAUAUAUAUGUAUAUAUAUAAAGAGAAAAAACAAAAAAUAAAAUAAAAAAUGAACAAAAAUCAGAAAAAGAGAAAAACAAAUAAGCUAUUUUAAACACACUUUCCAGCUGUUUUUACACCACAACCCCCUUUCUUAUGCACUGAGAGAAUUUUCAAAGCCUUCAUGUUUAAAAUAUUCAAAUGUUCAUUUUUCUUAAGUGGGAGAAGUCAGGACAUUUAUCAUUAGAGUAAAAUUCAAGUUUGGAUUAUAUAACAUUUUGCUUUAUAGCUUCAGUUUUUAAAUAUGUGUAUCAGUUUUGUGAGACAAAUUCCUUUUUAUUAGGAAAAUAAAAGGUAAUCGAAGUGAGGUAUCUCAAUUUAAGUGUUAAAGGCAAGUAUUUUGUGGUGCUUUCAAUUAUUGCUUAGUUUAGCUUGUAAUACUAUGAAUAGAAUUUUGUCUUAAGAAACCUAGAAAGAUCAGACAUUAGUAACAGCGUACUGGUUUAGAAAGGAUGAACCAUCUCUGUUAUUUAGUGAUAAAUGCUAUGAAAGUUGCCUGUUCUAGGUUUGAAGAUGAAUGAGAUCAUUUGGCUGAAUCAUCUGAAAUGUCAGCUCCUAUUCUAUGACAAUCUGGAGUUUGGAGUCUAGUUGUUCGAUCAGUAGCGAGAAUCAUGGUACUAAAACAGGCGGACAAAUUCUCCAUGAGACUCCAUCAGGCAAUAAUUCAUCCCGUAGGCCGCUCUUCUGUUGAAAGGACUGUCUCAUUCACUGCGAUGAGUUGAAGACUAAUCAUGCAAUAAGAUUUUAAGGUUUUUUUCUUGAGUAUAUUUAGGACAUCUUAAUUUUAGGGAAAUAUAUGUAAAUAUGUAUAUUUUUUCUCCACAUAUGAUGCUCUUGACUAUUGGUCUGUUGUAAGAUGUUAUAAUACAUUAAAGUAUUUUUUGUACAUUA